AAAUCAAUGGAAGAAGUGAUCACAAAAGGAGAAGGAAUCAUGACCUUAUUUCCCCGAUUGAAAUGCCUGGGUCUUAACUAUCUGCCUAAGCUGGGGCAUUUCUUUCUAACAGAGCAUGCUCUUGAAUUUCCAUUUCUCAAUUACGUGAAUAUUCGCGGCUGCCCUGAAAUGAAGACGUUUGUCCAACAGAGAAUAUCUGUGAGUACACCGAUUCUCAAAUGUGAUGAUGAGGUGAAAGUAGAUGAUCUCAAUAAAUGGAUACAACAGAGGUUCAAUAACAAGGAACAAAAAGCUAGGGAUGGCAACGAAGCUGAACCUAGUCAUGCCAGAAGUUAG